AUGGCCGUCUUUACUGCGCCUCUAGCUACAGCUAUCGACUUACAAUCGGCAAUUUUGAUACCAACUAUCCUAUCGAGUGUAGCAUUUUUCAUCUACCUACGCUAUUUUUACGUCGAUUUCGCUGCUAUCCAAGGCAUUCCAGAAAUACCUGGAGCGUCCCUCCUCCACGGACAUCUGUAUCAGCUUGGAAAUGACCAUGCUACUACUGCGCAAAAGUGGGCGGAGAAAUAUGGAUGGCCCAUCUUCCAAAUGCGGCUUGGAAACAGACGUGUCGUUGUUCUGAAUGGGUUCGAAGUAGCACGAGAAUGGAUAGUUACCAACCAAGCUUCUACCGUCGACAGACCUCUGUUCUACACGUUCCACGGGGUAGUAUCUAAGACUUCCGCGGCGACAAUUGGCACAAACCCUUGGAAUGAGAGAACCAAAAAGCAGCGCCGAGUUGUAGGCUCCUUGACCACAGCACCUGCUAUUAAAAGACUUGCCGGUAUGCUAGAUCUCGAAACAUCAGAAAUGGUCAAGGCUAUUUUCAGUGACGGGAAAGGAGGCUCUAAACCGCUUAUGCCUCACAUCUAUCAGAAGAUGUUGUCUCUGAAUGUCGUCCUCAUGUUCUGCUAUGGAAGGCGCUUUGAGAAUGUCAAUGACCCUCUUCUCCUGCGCAUUCUGAGCGAUGCUUCAAUCAUUUCAAGCUUUCGCUCCACCAACUCAAAUGCCCAGGACUAUGUCCCUUACCUCAGAUACUUGAGCGUUUUGCAAGAUAAAAAGAGAAAGGCAUUGGCCACCGAAGUCAGAGACCGACGAGAUAAAUGGCUUGCUGCCUUGCUUGAAGAAGUCAAGGGGAAUAUUGCCUCUGGAAAGGUCACUAACUGUGUUGCUUCCGGACUGCUGAUGGAUAGCGAGGAAAACUUAACGAAGCUUGACGUCCGUACGAUUCUUGGUGGUCUCAUGUCUGGCGGGUUCGAGACCGUAUUUGCAACUGCAAUUGCUGGUCUAGCAUUUCUCGCCAGUCCUGAAGGCCAAGUAGUACAGCAAAAGGCGUAUCAAGACAUUGUGGAGUCAUAUGGUUCUGUGGAGGCUGCCUUUGAGAAGGCAGUCGACGAGGAGAGGUCCAAGUAUACUGCUGCCUUUGUGAAGGAAACACUGCGGCACUACCCUCCUUUACACUUGCUACCUCCGCGGCAGACAUACCAGGACUUUGCAUGGAAAAAUGGAAUCAAGGUUCCCAAAGGACUUAUGAUUCUAAUCAACUGCCAGGCAGCUAAUCAUGAUCCGGCUACGUACGGCCCUGAUGCGCACGUCUUUCGUCCGGAAAGGUGGCUGGAAAACGAAAAAGAAGAAGGGAAUGGCAUGAGGAACAAGAUACCUUCUCCGCAUCAAUUUGCAUUUGGUGCGGGAUCACGCAUGUGUACAGCCAUCAAUUUUUCCAACAGGAUUUUAUACGCCAUUUUCCUGCGGCUUAUUGUCUCCUUCAAAAUCGAGCAGGGGAGCGAGCCGUCGAAGCAACCUAACCUGCACUUUGUGGAUUAUAACCGUAACACGACGGCUCAGAGUGCGAUUCCAAAGGACUUUGAGGCAUUCUUCGAAGUGCGCGAUCAGGACAUAUUCGACGCUUGCAUGGAACGGUCUGCCGAAAACACGCGAAAUGUUACGAAUGGAAUAGUCCGGUGA